ACAAAAACAGUUGUUUUACGAGGAGGAGUGUGAUUGUGCAUUAUUAUUUAUAAAUCUUAUCAAUUAAUUAUCGUACUCAGAGUGGUCUUGAUGAUUAUUGUCUGAAGGAUUGUUAUAACGGUUGAUUUUGUUGUUAUCAUUCGCGUGUUUGUUCCCCCCCGCCAGUAUCUACGAGAAAAACAUCGAACGACCCACUACGUCAUUGGAGUCCAUGAUUUUACAUCGAUCGCACAAAUUCUUACGUAAAAUAAAGGAAAUAACAUUCGAGAAUUAACAGGUUCGAAUAACCGAGUAUAAGUGUCGACACCAAACGUGCUUCAGGGUUUGAUGAAAUGAGUGGAAAAUUCAAAUUCGUGCUGAUAUUUACUUAUUGUAUUCUGGCGCAGGAUUCCUUUGGAUUGUCACCAGUUAUUUUGAUUCCAGGUGAUGGAGGUAGUCAGCUGGAGGCUAAGCUGAACAAAUCAUCGGUGGUGCACUAUAUCUGUGCGAAAACGUCUACGGACUAUUUCAAUAUCUGGUUAAAUUUGGAGCUGCUUGUCCCAUUUGUGAUCGACUGCUUUGUGGACAACACUAGGUUAGAGUAUGACAAUGUCACUCGUACCACAAGGAACCCAGAAGGGGUUGAUAUCAGGGUGCCGGGCUGGGGUAACGCAGAGCCGGUGGAGUGGCUGGACCCCUCGCAUGAGUCGCCCGGAGCCUACUUCAACACUAUCGCUGAUGCCCUCGUGAAAGUGGGAUAUGUUAGAAAUGUCUCCAUCAGAGGAGCUCCAUAUGACUUCAGGAAAGCACCUAAUGAAAAUGUUGAUUUCUUUCCAAAGUUAAAGUCCCUGGUGGAAGAGAGCUACAACAGGAACAACAAGUCGUCCGUGACGCUGGUGGUGCACAGCAUGGGCGGCUCCAUGGCGCUGCACUUCCUGCGGCUGCAGACGCAGGCCUGGAAGGACCAGUACAUCCGGCGGAUGGUGUCCCUCUCCACUCCUUGGGGAGGCUCUGUUAAAGCUCUCAAAGUAUUUGCUAUAGGCGACGACCUGGGCUCGCUGAUGCUGCGCGAGAGCGUGAUGCGCGCGCAGCAGAUCACGUGCCCGUCGCUGGCGUGGCUGCUGCCGUCGCCGCUGCUGUGGAAGCCGGCCGAGGUGCUGGUGCAGACCGACAAGUUCAACUACACCAUCCAGCACCUCCAGAAACUCUUCACUGACAUGGAGCUGCCGAACGCGUGGGAGAUGCGCAAGGACACGGAGCGCUUCAGCGGCGACUUCAGCGCGCCCGGCGUCGACGUGCACUGCCUCUACGGGUAUAACAUCUCCACCGUUGAGAAAUUGGUGUACAAGCCGGGCACAUGGCUCGACGGGUACCCGACGUUGGCGAUGGGCGACGGCGACGGCACCGUCAACCUGCGCUCGCUCAGCGCGUGCCAGUUCUGGCGCCCGCGCCGCGCGGGGGCCUGGGGGGCCCGGCCGGGGGCCAGGGGGGCCCCGACGGGGGUCAGAAGGGCCCGGGGGCGCACGGUCAAGGCCCUGGCGCUGCCGGGAGCGGAGCACCUCAAGAUCCUGCACGACCCGCGGGCCAUCGAGUAUAUUACCACCGUCAUGACCAUGGACGACUGAAGGUGCCCAGGUUUUGAAUCCAAGAAUCUUCCUAUUGACAGAGUAAAUACAAAUGAGUAGGUCAUCUUCAUAGAAACGCACGGGCUCGGUUUGUAUGUGAGCGCGCCAACACGUAUGAGGCGCGCACG